AUGGGCAGGGCGGAAGAAUUUGCGCGCAACGGGCUGCAGCGAGAGGCCAGUGGGAGAGGCCGUGGAGAGGUGGGGAGAGCGAUUUGCGAGGCGUGGGAUGCACGCUUUUCUAACUAUCCUCCAUGGCGGUCCGGGCGGUCGGGGGCCUGUCUUUCACACCACGGCAGCGCAACACUUGCCCACACCGUCCGCACCGUGCCUCUGCCCUUGCCGGGCUCGGCCUGGCUGACACGGCCGUCGUCGAAUGGGAUUUGCUGCGGCGCCGGCCUGCAGCACCCCAGCCUCCCUCAUCGACAGGACUCCCCGAUCCUCCUGCUCAGCGCCAGCCCGGCGAAUCAAGCCACCGCGCGCCCCUCCACACCGCAGCAGCCGUUGACUCGAGGCCUCCCCCGCCGAAACAGGCAGAAGGCAGAAGGCAGAGCAGAGAGAGACGCUUGGAGAGCUGGAGCGCAUCGCCGUGCCCGAGGCUGGGGAGGGCGCGCUGCGUCUGGGCAGCCUGAUGGCGCUUCACUAUUCACAUCUGGACAGCUCCCCGACGGCAGGCCCCACGGCGAUGGCUGCAUGCCUCGUCCAUGGUGCCCCGUCCAUGGUGCCCGUCGAUUCCGUCGCGCCUCUCCCGUUGCGCCGUCUCUCAUGGGCUCCACGUGCCAUCGCUUUCCGGCCCUCUCGCAGUCUGCUGAUCCCGACGAGCGACAACCAGCAGCAAGCCGCUCUCCAGGUGCAGCGAAGACGUCACCAUCUCGCUGCUCUGCUGCGACAAUUCACCGCUGGCUCGCCCAGUGCCAUCUCUAUUAG